UCCCUUUUCUGUAUUUAUUCUUUUUUGGUCUAUAGUCUUGGUUUUCCCAACUGAAAAUGAGUGUUGAAGGCAAAUCGUCACCAAACCAUGUGGUUGUCCCCACCGAUGCGCCGGGAAUGGCUUCUGAGUGGAUAUGGAUACGAACAACCACAUUUUAAAUUCUUUAAACACCAUUGAUCGAACAAUGGGCCAGAUGGCCGGCCUUAUAGCCAAGUUUUGCAUACACAUGACAAGCCAAGCGGCCGAAAAAGGUAAAAAAGAUCGACCGAUCCUCCAUCGGACACUGAUGAGCCCGAGUCAGAACAUGAACAUCACCCUCGCCGCUCAAAUUCUAAAAGAGCACGAGAAAAUACUCCAUGGGAUGACGAUUUAAGCCUUCAUGCGCAGGAUGACCUUGAUGAUGAAUAUCUAAAACUGCUCACCGAGCAAUCCUCGGCCACCGGCCAAGCACGGGAAACUCCCAUUCCGGAGGCUAAGAUCCUCCAAGAUAUUGCUAAUGGUUUGAGGAUGAUGACGCCACCGGCGACAAAAUCAUGCAGCAACUGGCAGACAUAGCCACAAAACGCUGGGGGAAGAAACUCUCUUCAGACAAGUUGAAAAACUUGCUCGACAAAUAUAAUCGACCUGAAAAUUGUGAAGACAUCAAAGCCACAAAGGUCAACCCCAAAAUAUGGAACCAACUUAAUCCUAAUAAAAGGAAAGUUGAUCUCCAGUUGUCAAAUAUGCAACAAGUAGUGCGUAAAGUUACUUUUGCAACCCUACAGACAACUAAUGCCUUGUUGCAAAAUGCCUCUUGUUCAACGAAUUCCAACUUGAUCAUGCAGUCUGUUGAUGUAGUUGCCUUGUUGGGCCAAGUCAACACCCAGUUGGCUCAGUUUGCAAGUGAACAGAUCAAGCCUGCUUUAAAGCUCGAAUACUCUACCAUCUGCAGUGCUGAAGUACUCCUGACCAGCCAAUAUUUAUUUGGGGAUGAGCUCGCCAAACAGCUGCAAGAUGCUAGGGAAUCUAGCAAAAUUAGCCAAUCUGUGGGUCACUUUUGACAGCGAUGGCCUUACACAGGGCACCAUCGUUCUGGCCACCAGGAGAGUUAUAAUAAAGGGUCUAAAAGAGAUUUCUUUAUGGAAAGGUCAACAGAAAUUCCACAGGAAAAAAAGCCUCUGAUCAACGAAAAGAAAUAGUUGACCAACUGUUAGCAAUAAGAGAUUCGGUAAUUGAUUUUCCUACAUUUUUGCCCUGCCUUUUAAGUUAUUUACAUGCCUGUUGCCACAAUUUUAAGGCAGGCGAGUCGCUGGUCAUUUUGCAGCGUGGAAGGAUCUUACUAAUGAUCGUGUAAUUUUGUCUGAUGUUUCGGGAGCCAGUAUUGAGUUGUCUGCCAACCCUAGUCAACACAGGCUUCCUGGCCAUGCUUUUAAUGAGCACGAAUAUUCUGUUAUCAACCAGGAAAUACAAAAAUUGCGCCAAAAAGGGGUUAUUAUGAAAGUGAAAUACUCUCAGGGUCAGAUUGUAUCAGGAA